AAAUCGGAGGAGCCUGGUCGAACGUUCCAAGGAAAGGCGGGAGAAGCUCUCAAAUGGAAGGCAUACACUCAGCCAUGUCGGUGCCCAGCCUCGCCACGCUCCCGGACUCGCUCCUGCUCGAGAUCCUGGCGUGGCUGCCCCCACGUGACCGAGUGGGCGGAGCCAGGGUUUGCAAGAGGUGGCGUCGCCUGGUGCGGGACAAGUUUCUGUGGAGGCAUUUGGAUCUAACUUCUUACAAGGUAACAAUGGUCAAACUCCAGCGCAUUAGUAGAUAUUUGUGAGCAAGGAUCAGGAAUUGCUGGGGUACUUUCUUGGCCACUGGGGUCCCUCAGAACUCUAUGUCGCCCCCCAACAUAUACAUGAAACUGCUGGAAGAGAUCAUCCAGAGUUUUGGAGUGUGGUGCCAUCUUUAAUUUAUUAUAUUUUAACUAUAGUUUAACUUUAUAUCUACAAAGUGCUAUUUAAUUUUUAUUUUUUUUAUUUUUUUACUUGCUUUGUUUUAAACUUUGAUCAGAUUGUGUAGCUGUUAGACAACUUGAGUCUCCAUAGGGAAAAAGCUGGGGUAGAAAUAAAGUUAAUACAUAAAAAAAUAGCUUUGCACUGUGGUGCAGUUACCUUUUCAGCCUCCAAAAGCCAUUGCCAACACACUUUCAGGAAGGGCUAAAACCAUAUGU